CGGAGUUCCAGUUUGCACGGAGUGACUUCAGCGUGGGCAUCAUUUUUUUAUCAGUCUGGGCUUUAUCAUGUCAAUCCCUCUGUCGUGAAAACUGAUCUGCAUAUAGGAAAAUUUGUAUUCUACAGUUCGUUACUUAUACACGUAAUAGCCUAUUUUACAUUUUGUUUGAGUGAUACAUACCACAUACUUCAUAGUCCAUACGUUGUGUAUCGGUCUGUGUAAGUGACACUUUAUACGUUGAUCUCAAGUUUAGAGUACUUACUCUCUUCGACGUUUUGUCGUUUCGACUUCGCGGUUUUCCUCGUCAAACUGGUUUUUCAGAUUAAUUCGAUAAAAUGGCUGACGGGGUAGGAAUUGAUCUUGGCACGACGCAUUGUUGUCUGUUCGUGUAUAAGCACGGCCGUAGCCCGCAAGUCAUCAAAAACAACAUCGGCGAGACUACCACUCCGUCCUGGGUGCGUUUGGAGCGGGAUGGGAUGGAGGUGGGCAAAUACGCCAAGCGACAGAGUCCCGACUACAGCCGCAACACCAUUCGCAAUGCAAAGCGCAUCAUUGGACGCAGCUUCUACGACGCUGCGGUGAAGACUGAACGCAGUCUGAUGCCCUUUGCAAUUAUCAACGACAACGGAACCCCUGCGAUACGAGUGGAACAGUGUAGUGAGAGCGGCAACGUUAUUUGGGAAAAGGUUAUCCGUCCGGAAGAGGUGAGCGCCACGAUGCUGGGGUAUUUGAAGGAGAUGGCCGAGGGAUUCCUGGGCAGCAAGGUGACCUCCGUGGUAGUGACUACUCCGGCCAAUUUCAUGGAGACGCAACGUGCUGCCACGCUGAGCGCCGCCCGCCUGGCCGGCUUCAAAGACGUCAGCCUGUUGAACGAACCGACAGCUGCCGCCAUCGCCUACGGCGGCGUUGUGGAUGAGCAGUGCACCAUCCUAGUCUUCGACUUCGGCGGCGGAACACUGGAUAUCAGCAUCAUGAAGGUGGAGGGCCGCAACGAGUACCGCGUCCUCAGCACCGACGGCGACAUGUAUUUGGGCGGGGAGAAUUUCGAUGCCGAGAUUGUCCAGCAUUUCCUGGACGACAUCCGUCGCCGCCAUGGCAUCGAUUUGGCCCAUGAUAGCAAAGCCUUGGCAAAACUGAAACUGGCCGCCGAACAGGCCAAGAUCGCCCUCGCCAGUCCGUACAGUGGCACAUACCGGGAAACCUUGCACAAGCUGCGUGAGGGCCUUGACUACAAUUUAGAGCUGACGAAAGCGACCUUAAGCGGGAUGUUCGGCCGUCUGCUGCCGAGCAUCUUGGUUCCAGUGAAGAACGCCCUGGAAGCCGCUAAAUUGGCGCCUGGAGAUAUCGACAAGGUCAUCUUGGUGGGCGGCAGCAGUCGGAUGCCGGCGGUGAAAGAGACCCUGCAGACGUUUUUCGGCCGGGAAGGAGUGGUGUGCGCGGAUGCCGAUCCGGAUGAGACGAUUGCUCGCGGCGCCGCCAUGCAGUCCUACCGCAUCAAUAAUCAGCAGGCUACCAACGUUCAGGAGGUUACCGCCUAUCACUAUGGACUGAAAGUGGUGGACGAACUGGAAGCCGGCAGUACGCGAAUCCGCGAGUUGCUUCCCCGGGGGAGAGCAUAUCCUGCCAGUGUUUCGAGAGUUUUUGUCACAGCCUACGAUAAUCAGGCUAGCGUGGAUUUCGAUGUGUAUCAAAGUAAACGCGGAUUUAAUCUGGACAAAUUUCGCAUUGGCCAGUUUGUCAUUCCGGAUCUGCCUCGGCGGAAAGCUGGAGGGUGUUUGUUUGAUGUGACAUACAGCAUCGAUCGGAACAACAUCUUGCACGCGACGGCGCAAGGGAAAGACGACAUCGCCCACUACAAGAAGAAUAUCGACAUCCGCCUGGAUAAUGUCGUUUAGUAAUUGCGUUUUGCGAAUGGCCAAGUUGGCCGGUACGUUUUUAGCAUAUAUUACUUUUUGCUUCGCUGAAAUGAACAUUCAUGGCUUCGAUUUUUAAAGCUUCACUGCAAGUUCUCAUAUUUUCUUGAUUAAAUUUUCUACGUAUGGUGUGCACGCCUUUUUACAAUACUUUCGUACUUGUGUCGCACUACGCAUUGCACAUCAUAUCAAGCAUCAGGUUGAAUAAAGCGUACUAGUAUUAAUAA